AUGGUGUUGAUUGUCAAGCUGCCGGCCAGAAGGCCACCAAAAGACUCUGGGAGCGCGCCACCCAUCCAGGAUGAUUCAGUAGAUACAGGCCAGGUAAGGAAUCCUCCUGAUGGCAUUAUUCGGGAAAGAGCCUCUGCCGAGGCCAAAACUUCUGAACUGUAUCGAUCGUCUGCUCAUGCUCUCAGCACGUCAGAAAACAUUACCACGGAAUGGGUGCCUGUGGCGUCCAAACUCGAUGUUCUCUUAGCACCUUCUGUAUUAAAGCAUCGCUAUGUGCGUGGUGUGGACAAGUCAAACAUUGUCGAGCGACCACAACGUAUCCGUGCUGUUCUUCUGGGUAUUGCAGGUGUGUACGGUGUGAGCGAAAAACUUGCAGCUUGUUCCCGAACGCAUCCAGAACAUCUGGCUACAAUGUUGUCGAACAUGACAAUGGAAGAGCGUGAGAGUCCACUGCGUAUGUUCAAGACAUCUCGCAUACUCCAAAUGGACGAGCCUGAGGCUUCGCUUGCGGAUAUCCACGCCUAUGCUAAUGAGCCUGCGAUGUACUCGACACAAACGGAAUAUCAGCUCAAAUCCGAAGAAGAGCCUCCUACCUCACAUUUGGCUCGCCUAUCAAUAUUGGCCGCGAAAGCACCACAUGAUCCGCCUGGAGCUUUGCCCCGAUCACACAGUGCGAAUGCAGACCUUUCCGAUGCAACAUCCAGUGAUGGGGAAGGCGAUGAACGUAUGCAUCCGAGCGAAAUACCUGAAAUGUUACCUCAAGGCGAUUUGUACCUUUGUGGUCCACAUGCACAAGGCGUAUCUGAUACGAGCGACGGAGGCUCUCGCGAAGCGAUAUGCCACGCACUGGGCGCUUGCGUUGAAGCAGUGGAUCGUGUUGUCACAGGAGCUAAGGCGGAUCCGUCUGUACUUACUUCAGAGCAGAUUUUCCCUACAAAGGCUGGCCUGGCCGAUAUACCCCCGGUCCAAACAAAAGCACAUAUACCAGCCAAGCGGGCCUUUGUCUUGUCACGCCCACCAGGGCACCAUUGCUGUGGCGCUGAGCCAUCGGGAUUCUGUUGGGUAAACAAUGUGAUGGUCGCAGCUGCACACGCGUAUCGUUCUCAUGCUAUCGACCGCGUUGUGAUUCUCGAUAUUGACUUGCAUCAUGGCAACGGUACGCAGGCUUUGGCAUGGCGUCGUAAUUCAGAUGCUGCUGCAGCUGAUGCGCAGCGACACGCCAAGCUCCAAUCGAUGUUACGGAACAUGCAACGCUCAGGCACGGGCAGUUCAAGGCAGGCUGCUAAGGCCGCAGAGGCAGCCAGGACGCCCUGGGAAAAAAUGCUAUAUGAAGAGUCACUUGUGGGGCCUCGUGCUCAACGCGUGUUUUACGGAAGUCUCCAUGACAUUGAAAGUUUCCCCUGUGAGAACGGGGAUCCUGAUCUGAUCCGGAAUGCGAGUGUAUGCUUAGCCGGUGCACAUGGGCAAUGGAUUUGGAAUGUGCAUCUCGAAACGCAUCGUGAUGAUGCCGAAUUUGUACGAUUGUAUGAGACCAAGUAUACCCAACUGUUCGAGCAGGCGCGCCGAUUCAUUCACGAGACCCAAGCGCAUGCACAACGCACGCUCAUUAUGAUCUCGUGCGGUUUCGAUGGGUGUACCUACGAGUAUCCUGGUAUGCAGCGACAUGGAAAGCAUGUCCCACCGCAGUUUUACGCGCGUUUCGCAAAAGACUCUGCCUCACUUGCUGAUGAAGUAGCUGAUGGUAAACUCAUCAGUGUGUUGGAGGGCGGCUACUCGGAUCGAGCAUUGACGAGCGGUGCUCUGGCACACAUCGGUGGUCUCUCGGAGAUGCCAUGGUCUACCGACACAUGGACACGCACUCAAGCGCCAUGGAGUCUGGACAAUGUGUCGCAUCUGCAAAAAAUGUCUAAACGAGUUUUGCAACGUGCUCACCGGUCUGAACUUGCCAGUGUAAGCCGUCGCAGCACAGCGGCACAGCCGGCAUGGGUGGUCCGUGCAUCAGAACACUUUGCAUCCUUCCAGCGCGUCUGCGGCACCAACGCACAACCACUAGAAUUCAGCAGUUUACCUUCCACACCGCGGAAGUCAUUGACGCGUGGGUUGGACUUGGACUUGGCCACACCGACCCGAGUAACGCCAGGCGGACACAUUCUGCGCGACCGAACAAUACGACGAACGCGCUCUCAUGCGGCCAUGCUGGCUCAUCCAACCCCUGUGCGCUCAAGAUCACACGCAAGAGCGUCAGCCAAACCCAUGCCAAACGCUCCGGCACUACCAGCUACGCCUCGCAAGGGUGAAGACCCUGCGAACCUUGUGCCCGGUGCUUUACCUGUAGAAAGCGCCGGACCAACUACUCCAAUUGUACAGUCUUCAUCAAUCAAAGACGAGGACUCGAGUGCUUUGCUCGACUUGAUGGACCGUCUGCAUUUGCAGGAGCAUCAGGCUUUCUAA